AUGCGCGCUACUUGUCGCGCGCCACUGCGUUGCGACGCCAGUGCUGCUGUCGCGGAGAGAAAACAGAUCCGGAGCAAUGACGUUGUUCCACUGUUUUACGAUAGGUAUCGAGUCAUCCACAUUUGCUGCUCCAUGAUGCAAAAGUGGUAUCAGUUACCAGAUGAUGAUUUGCCUCGUUUGAAGUAUGCAGGCUUUUACGGCGAGAACUGUGAGUUCACUGGCUUCGAAAACGCCUCCCUCCCCGAUGCCCGCCGCUUGAGUGGUGCCAGUUGUAACGCCUCAGAGGUGACGGCACAGUAUCCCGCAGGGAAGUAUUGGUGCAAGUGCCGCAACGGCACUGAAGUCUCCAUCAGGUCCAACCUGAUGUCAAUCAUCAAGAGCUGGGGAGUGUUUUUCAACUAUGUCACCAACUUUAACUACAGCUACACCGACAUCACUUGCGCUGAUGCUGGCAUGAAUGUGAAGACCCCCACCAGCCGCGUGCCCUUUACGACGAGCUUGAGGACAGCAGUGGCACCCAAUGCGUCCACCAAUAUCGUCUACAUCGAGCAGUCGUACUGGGGCAGCGGGUUUGGACGGAUUCCGCCCUUCUACAUCAUGGUCUCUGGACUGGCGGGCAUUGAACGCAUGUUGGUGACUGCACUACAGGUGCCAGAUCCCAGCACCACGGAUGCCUUCAUCUUGGAGGUUCAACGUGGCCUCGAUGGAUCACGCCUCAAGUUUGACCUCGAGGAGUAUGGUGAUUUGCCUGCUGCACCAUCCAGCAAAUGGAUUUGCCAUGCCAGGCUCUACAACGAUGGCCGGCAAUGUGAUUGCAGAUGUGGCAUGCCCGAUCCGGACUGUUUGUUUCCCAAUCUUCCAGUGCGCAAUUGCGGACGAGGGGAGGCAUGUUCCACGAUGGGUCGAUGCACCACAGCAGAAGCGUCCGCGGGUCUGUCAGACACCACGCAGGUCUACGUCUCGGAAGCGUGCACUCAGCUCUACCUGCGAGGCCACACAGAUUUGGCUGGUUACAUGGGCACCGAGGAGGAGUAUCGGGAGGAGCUUCGCGACUUUGGAGCCGACAAGCUGAUUCUGGCCAUGUCCAACGCGCCAAAAAUCUUUGCCCUCCAAGCGACCACCUCUGAAGUGGUUUGGACCAAGUAUUUGGGGCCACUGGACCCCAAGUGCGCUUCAGCCAAACCGAAGGGCGGCCUUGAUCCUUGCGUGCCCUGGAUGCAGUUAUUGCCUUCGGCCGCGUCUCCACAUGCAGAGCUGGUGGUGAUUACACCCAGCCUCGGGCAGCAGAAGGUUUGGUGGAUGGAUCCUCUCACAGGUGCUGUGCUCCGGGAAGAGACCAUGCCCAGAGACAUCUCAGCAGUGAUGCCUUUGCCAAAUCAAGGUAAAACUCUGCACACGCAUCCACUGAUGCUGAUUGACAGUCAAGGCGGUCUCCAAACUCUUCCAAAGGAUGCAGCAGAGUUGCAGGAAGCCGCUGGGAAGGUUUUCCACUGGGAAGUGGACACCGUGAAUCAGGUGGUACAAGGCUUUGCCGUGCCAAAGGAUGGGACCAAAAGGCCGAGCAAGCUGGUACCAAUUUGGAACAUGGAGUUAGGAUCCCUCGGGGAGAAGAUCCUCACAGCGGCAACUGUGCAGCAUCGACAGUGGGAUCACGUGCCUGUCCACAUCAAAGGGGAUGCGAGCAUCCUCUACAAGUACAUCAACCCAAAUCUCCUGGCCAUCGUGUCCGAGGACACUUCCGGGUUGAACCUCUACACCUUGGACGCGGUCACGGGACAUUUGCUUCACCAAAGUCAGGUAGCAGGGGGCACUUCGCCAGUCCACCUGGCUGCGUGUGACAAUUGGGUUGUGAUGCACUACCAGAAUCCCAAAAAGACGCGCUUUGAAAUCCUGGUCACCGAGUUCUUCCAAGCGAAGGCCGACGAUGGACCCUGGGAGAUUCUCUUCGGCAAGCAGGGAGCAAGGAGCAAGAGCGCACACCAGUUGGAGCGACCAGUCCCUCUGCAGCAGACCUACAUCAUGCCAGCAGGUGUGACAGCCAUGGGUGUCACCGCCACCCUGAAGGGCAUUACUCCUCGGUCCAUCAUCAUGGCCUCGACGACAGAUCACCUCACCCGCGUCUCAAAAGAUCUGCUGAAUCCUCGGAGGCCUUACCCCUCCACGGCGCCCGCGGACAAGAAGACGGUGCCCUCUCAGUUCGCACCCACCAAGGAAGAACCUCUUCCACCUUAUGCUCCAUUGAUUCCAUGGAAACACACAGAGAUGCUGAACUACCACAAUGCCCUCCACCGCGUCACUGGCAUUGCCUCCUCCCCUACCGCCUUGGAGUCCACGUCCUUGGUCUUCGCGUAUGGUUUGGACCUGUUCUUCACGCCAUUCCAAAGUGCCAAAGCCUACGACGUCCUGAGCCCUGGCUUCAACUAUCCAUUGCUCUACGGCUCUGUCGGUUUGGUGCUGGCAGUUUGGGCCGCGGUGUCUUUCUUUGCCUCGCGAAAGGCUCUCCAGGACAGAUGGAAGUGAAGGGGCCGAAGCGACAUAGCAAUGCGACGAAAGCAGCGAUACUAAUGAAAAUAGUGCUGAUUGGAUGACUAGUUGUGUCAUGUUGU